AAGAGAAGGCGAAACGGGAAGCGAAGGUAAUUGCUGAAUUGCAGAACAUCGCAAUACAGCUCCAGAAGAACCAGAACAGCAAAGACUCUGGAGGCAAUGAUGCUACUGUCGGUCAGAAGCUCGCUGAGUUGAAAGCUAUGACGGAAAACUGGCAAGCGUCAGAUGCGAGGCGACACCAGGAGCAAGCCAAGUUCAACGAGGAACGACAUCUCGAGCAAACCAAGCUACAUCACGAGCAAGGCAAGCUCAACCAGGAACGACAUCUCCAUCACACCAAGCUACAUCAUGAGCAACUCAAGCUACAGCACGAGCAAGCCAAGCUACAGGACAAGCGACAUCUGGAGCACACCAACCUACUGCAGGAGCGAAAUCAGGAGUAUCUGAACGGAUUGCAGGAGAUCAUCAACACGCAGGUGCAAUCGACGACGCGUGUAGUGCCGCGUCUCGUUUUGUGCACGGAAACGUCGAGUAGGGUGAAGAAACUGAUCACGAGCCUCCGAGUGGGCAUCAAGGUCGUGCAGCUGCACCUGUUUUGCGAGCACGCACAGCAGCCGCACGUCGUGGCCGGCGCGCCGGGCUGCGAGAUCAAUCAGAAGGUUGCAGGCGAUCGAUGGACCAAACUUCAGCCGUUUCUCGCUGCUGGAUUGAUGGUGGUCAAAUUGGCCCUUAACUUUGGCACCACGAUGGGCGCCGGGGUGGGCGUUCUCAAAGACGUUUUGCCCGACUUGCAUAAGAUGGUGUUGGAAACCCAGGCCAUCGACCUCGGGAAACACGCCGUGCAACCAGCCCGCUGCAAAGUACUCCCCAGACAGGAAGCGGAAGAAGCGGAAGUAAUGGCAACGCAGUGGCUGGUAUCCUACUUGAAUGACCAGAAGGUCAACAUCGCGGAAUCCUUCAAACUGUUCCGCGUCCGCUACACAGCUCCCGAGCACAUCAAGGGCACCGUCGGUUGCCUCUGCUUCAACCACCUUGAUCGCGGCAUGAAGGAUGGUUCCCUUGAGCAUUUCCCCCUGCGCUGAUAAUCAAGUACCCGGAUGAGCCAGUCCAUAGCCUCACGUCUAUACACACAUAAUUAGUCAGUAGUCCAAGAUGCAAUCGGCGUCUAUAUAUACAUCCCGAAGGAUCACUUGCUUUCAAAUUCUAUCUCCUUUUCACGAGUUCCUCAGGUACGUGGAGGAUUGAAAGAUUGGCAUAGUCUGCAGAUCGCUCCGCCGAUAUAUAUAUAUAUAUGUGCUACAUUCGGUUUCUGAUGAUAAGCAUGUCUGGCUAAUUUGCUGGCAGCCGUAUCAGUACAUAGGUGCUUCGACGCGACCGUACUGCUGCGUCACGCACGAUAUUUAUACCACUGCUUCAGAACGAAGUUCAGCUUCGUCGGAUGGUUGGCAAUUAAUGCGACCUAGAUUGUAUGUUUACAAAUAAUUGAAGUAUGAAGUGGGAAAUAACUCUGAAAGAGUGCAAAGACUCUAA